AUGGGAUUCCAGCUACUCCUCUUUGGGCUGCCUGCCCUUGGGAUCUAUGCCCUGACAUCCCACUGCCUGAGAAAGAAGCCACAUCUGCUCCACAAGCCACACAGGUUUCCUGUUCGAUGCCGGCACGUCUCCCACCGGGGCGGUGAGUUCUGCAAGGAUGUUCGCUUGGGGGGGGGGCAUUGACAGAGGUCUGGGAGGGGAGGGGUGGCAUGCUGCAUCAAGCCAGGGCUGAGAGAGCGAAGCCGUAAUUCCUAGCAGCUAGCCCUCCCACUCUCCCCGUUCUGACAGGUGCAGAUGUCUUUGUUUCUGCUCCAGUUCUCUAGACCUGCAACGCCGCAUUCCUAGAUCACAAAAAGAACAGGCCCUUGGUGUCCCUGGAAGGGGAAUGGGGUAAUGCCAUGCCAGCCCUUAGGAAGCUGAGUGCCUGCCUUCUGUCAACAUCUCCGUUUUCCUCUCAGGUGCUGGAGAAGAGAUUGAGAACACUUUAGGAGCCUUUAGCCAGUGAGUGUUGCCCCCUCCUUACACCCCAUCCUGCCUUGUACUGAUGUUGCUGCUACAGCCAUCCAGCCUCCCAUGCUGAUCUUUCUCUCCGCCCUUCCAGCGCACUGACCCAGAGGACAAACCUCUUGGAGCUUGACUGCCACAUGACAAGAGAUGGGGUUGUGGUCGUGUCCCAUGAUGACAACCUGGAACGCCAGACAGGGCAUAACAUCAAGAUCAGCGAGACGGACUAUAAGGUUUGCGACGUACCCUGCCCCUAUUCAUUACUAUUUGUGAUAUUUAUUAGAGUUGCGUCCCUCUUUCUGUCUGCGGUAGAACACAAGGCAGCACCUGUCUUUGGAACUCCCUGCCUCUUGAGAACUAGAAGGGGCCCAUACUAUAUUGUUUUGGAUGCCCACCAAAAACUUUAUUUCAUCAAGCCUAUCCAUCCAGAGAACUUCACCUGACCCAUAUUCAUUUUUUUAAAAAAAUCUGAUCGUAUCUGUGUUUUUAUAAUUAUUUUAUGUGUAUUUGCUUAUUAAUAUCGUGGAUUUUAGCUAUGGUUUAUCUACAAUUUUAUUAUGUGCCCCACAGAGAGCUCUUUGAUUAAGCAGUUUGUACAUAAUUCUAAACGAAGGAAGGAAGGACGAUGAGGUAGUGAAUGUGGAGUUCCCAGGUGGUCUCCCCUCCAGCCACUGACCAGACCCUCUGGCAAGGUGGCUGAAUAAUUUAUAUAUAUAUAUAUAUAAUUUUUUAAUUAAAUUUUCUGUAAAUUUAAAGUCUUCCUUCAUACAUCCUUAAGAUAUCAGUGACUUCCCUUCUUCUCUUUCCAUGGUUCAUUUUACAUAUCAUCAACCAUAUUUUACAAAAACUAAACCAUUCAGUAUUUCAUUAUUACAUCCAUCAAAACUUAUUGAAGUUAUCUUAAUGCUGCCAGCGCUUUCAGCUGUACACAGUUAUUUCCCAUAUAUUCAAUAAAUGUUUUCCAAUCUUCUUGUUCUCUUACUCUAUAAGUUAAGUCUGCAAGCUGAGCAUAUUCUGUCAACUUAAGUUGUCAUUCUUCUUUGGUUGGGACCUCGCUCGCUUUCCCUUUUUUUGGGCUAACAAAACACAGGCUGCAGUAGUGGCAUACAUAAAUAACCUUUUCUGACACCUGGGAAUUUCAGUCUGAAUUACCCCCAACAGAGAAGAUUCCGGUUUUUUGAGGAAAGUGCUUUUAAACACCCCCCCCCCCCCGGCAAUUCAUUAUGGGUCAUUUCCCAAUACUCUUUUACCCUUUUACAAGUCCCCUGCAGGUGACUGAAUCAUGUGCCUAGAGGCCAUUUGCUGGAGGGCAAUGGCUCUAAACCCAGGACCUGCCCCCAUCCCAAAGAACCCAGGGGUCCUUGCCCCAAGCUAUGUUCUAAGCCCCCCAAUCCCACAUCUCCCCAAGAAAACCCAGGUGUCCUCCUGGCUCCUUAGUCCUUACCCUAAUUGUGUCCCAUAGGAUCUGCCACCCUAUAAGGAUUCUCUGGAGGUGACCUUUUCCCCAGGUGAGUAGGAGGAGUAGAGCUGCUUUGGUUUGAGGGGUGCUGUGUUUGGGGUGCUCACGUGUGGUGGGGUUGUGCACCAGCAAAGUAUGCUCCACCUGCUGCAUAAGCCACCCUUUCCAACAGGAUGCUACUCCCAUGGCAAAGACCACCGGAUUCCACGCUUGGAGGAGGUUUUCCAGAAAUUCCCUGGAGUACCGGUCAAUCUAGAAAUCAAAGAGGAUAGCGACGAACUCAUACGAAAGGUAUGGGGGCAACAAGCUACUAUCGCUUCUUUACUUUCCAACAUCUUCAUUCUAGGUCACGAUCCAGAUUUUUGCUAAUCUCCCCUUUCAAUAUUCAGACCUCACCCUACUCCUAAUCAGGGACACACAGCUCAUCACACCUUAUAGUGGGUUAUGCUAACCUAGGCAGCAUCAGAGCUGCUCUCCUAUCUCCACAUUUUCACUCUCCCACUCAUAAAAAGGAGUCUCGUUGCACCUUAAGGACAAAUAUAAAUUUAUUGUAGCACAAACCUCUGGGGACUAGGCACUAAGCUUCAUCAGACGCAUCCUUGGAUGAAGUGGGCUCUAGUCCACAGAAACUCACACUACAAUAAAUUGCUAGCAAUUAAGGUGCUACGCAACACUCAUUUUUUGUUUUUGCUCUAACAUGGAUACUACCCUCCCUGGGAUUUCCCUCCCAGUCAUAUAACUCAGCCACAUUUGUAAGGAAGCUGAUCUUUGUAGUCAACUACCAAGUUGAAAUUAAUUCAAACCUCUGAAGGGCUGGACUGUGUGGAAUAGACUGCCCUGGUCCAGACACUUAGCUCACACCAAUGAUUGGUAACUAGAGAGACCAUCUGCGCCUUCCCACAACGAUCUUCCAUUCAGUUUCCAGGACUUAGGCAACUACAGAAAGUCAGUGCUUUUGAGAAAAACCUGUUAACUGAAUCCAUGUUGCUCUGCCUUCUUCCUCUUGCGCAUAGGUAGCAGAUCUUGUCCGAGAAUACAAUCGCUCCCACAUCACCAUCUGGGCCGCCUUUGAAGGGAAAGUACUGAAGAAAUGCUGCGCAGCUGUAUGUUAUUGACAGUUUUUCAUCCACCUUCACAGCUAUUGGGCUCUCGGUAACUGAUAUGCUGGCACCGUUAAAUGAGGCAAUGCCUUUGAUUGGUCCAGGUUUCUGACUGUAGAACAGUAUGCAGGUUUUCAGACUAUACAAGACUCUUUCAUAUAGCAAAAAAAUAAAAAUAAAAAUGAGGCAUGGGUCAAAAGUACAUGCCAUAAUAAAUCAAUCAGGGCAUGGCUAGGAGACAGCUUCCUGCUUUCUCUGUUUGCUUCUUUGCCUACACUGUUCCAACUUGUUAAGCUGCCAGGUUCUUCUGUCAAUGACCUUGGGGGAUGUACAUCUGUGCAAGGUAUCAGGAGCUCCCACAGGGAAUUCUGACAACCCUACAACUCAUAGGCUUGCUUGGGGGAAGAUAAAUGUCCAAACCAGUUCAAGUGUGCAGUGCAGAUGUAUGAUACCCACAGAUAUGUCCCAGAUGAGCUGAAGGAAUCAGUGGGGGUGAUGACAACAUGUUCCGUAUUUCUUCCUGGCUAUCAAGCCUAGAAACCACAAAACCCUCACCUCAUUUUCUCCUCUUUACCCAUCCCCCAGAACACAGAGAUGCCCUACAUCUUCUCCAUUAAACGUGGCAUCACGAUCCUUCUCCUGUACUACAUAGGGAUCCUGCCGUUUGUGCCGCUGAAAGAAACCUUCCUUGAGUUUCCAUUGCCCUCCAUUAUGAACAGGUGACAGAAGCUGGGGGAGGUGUGUGUGUGUGUCUGUGUGAAAAGAAAUGUAAAGGUUCAGAGGGACAGUUUUCCUGGUGUAAGGAUCAGCAACUGGAAGUCUUUUUUCCAAGACUUUUUGUCCAUCUGCAAAUCUCAGGGCUCCACAAGCCCGCUGAUACUUCCGUGUGUUUGUGUGUGUGUUGCUAUGUUGGCCGCAUACGCACCGGCACUCACACCUUAACAUCAAGAACAGAGGGAAUGAUGGCUAAAUGGAAUGCCCCCGUUGGAAGGCAGAAUAUCUCUGAGUACCAGUCACUGUUGCCUUCAUGUCCUGCUUGUGGGAUCCUCAGAGGAAUUUUGCUGAUCCUCUUGGGAAGCAAGAUGCUGGACUAGGUGGACCUUCGGUCUGAUCCAGUUAGGACUCAACUGGUGUGAUUUAGACUAUUUGACAGAGCCGGAUUAUCCACUGGACUCUCAGUAACUGAUAUGCAGGCACUGAUAUCCAUUGGUUUUUUGGAUUAUUGGUGGUCAUGCACAUUCAUAACUUCUCUCUCUAAAUCUGGGACCAGAAAGAGUGGGAAAGGAAAUGAUUAUUACUGACUUUGGAAGGGAAGUAAGGUCCAAGCAAACACAGGGAAUGAGGUACCUCUGGAAGAAAAGUCAGGUCCAAGUGAGUUCACACCGGGGGGGGGGGGGGUGAGGACCAGUUAAAAACAUUGUACCAACAGCUUGUUAGGAGCCGCAUGAGUGAUGAAGUGACAUGAUUCUAAAAAAACUCAGCACUUAAUUAAGCAGCUGAGCUUGCAUGAUGGGAUGCUUCUUCAUAAAACAACAGAAUCUGAACAACAACAACAACGAAAGCCUAGCAUGCCCCUUCUUAAACUUAAAAAGACCCCGGCAAAGUAUUCCUGCCUCUGCCAAGCUAGAUUUUGCUCUGCACUGGAGGUUUGCCAAAGUCCCAUCUGUUUCAUAUGGCCUUAAUAUGUCCUGAGAACCUGCAAUUACGCACAAAUUAAGCAAACAACUUUUGGUGGCCAGAGGUACAAAAAAGAGAGAAUAUUACCGGUACUUCUUGAAACCUAACUGCUAUUUGCCUCUUUCACUGAGUAAUAAUACUAUGCCCAAGCUAGAAUAGACAUGAGACUUCUCCUCUUAUCAAAACAUUUUUUAUUCCUCUAUAACUGUUUUUUGGUUGCACAGUUAAUACUGUUAUAUUUAUUAGGAUAAAGGAAAGGGAAGUGAAAACUACGUGUGAUGUAUAAUUCUUCCACAAUGGUUUGCAAGCUGGGCCGUCCAGAUCCCUCCUGCUUUCUGUAUCCUAUAAUUUACUUGUAAUUUUGUGUAUAAUGGAUAACCUAUUGAUAAAAACCUAGCCUUUUUUUAACAAAUAGAAAGAAACUUAAUAUAUUGGGGAAAAGUUUGUAGCCUAGCCAUUUCCUUAGUAUUCCAAGUUUUAUUUUGGACUGGAGGAGCAUUCAGUCAUUUGUGCCCCUGCUUGCAGUCUGAGGUUGUAAAGUUCAGGCACAGGUUUACCAAGCAACUGAGAGUGAGACUCAAGUUCAGCUGGACAUGACAGGCUUUUCCUGGUACCCUUAGGCCUUCCCCAUGUCAUAUUUAUGUGUUAUAAGAAGUAUAACAAGUGAGUUAAGUUAAGUUAAAUGUCGUGCUCAUUGAGAAAAAGUGUGGGUGUGAGUGAGUGAGUGAGUGAGUGACUUGGGUUUUACGGAACUGUGUUGGAACUGAUAGCUUAGAAGAGGAAUGUCAGGAAUCUCAGUGAUCUGUUAACUCUGCUGCCUUUUUGUUUCCCUUUAAUUGCAGGACAUAUUUUCCAGUAAAAAAGGGCUGGUUUGGAGCACUGGUGGCUAAAUUUGCCCACAAGUGAGUGAAAGCAAGCAAUACUUUACCUGCUCAGUUCUUAAGAAGCCUGCUCACCACCAAAACUGACCCAUUUCAUCACCUGCUGCUUCCCUCUUCUGUAUCUCUAAUCUAGAGAACUGACUGAUGCUCAAAACUAUCAGGAUAGAGAGGUCCACAUGACCUACCCACCUGAUUUUUCCCCCUCUCCACUUUUAGCUGCUGUUCUUUUUUCUUUUUCUUUUUUUAGGUCAUAGUGGGUCAUGGUUUUGUUAAGGGGGCCAUCACAAAAGGUAAAGGGGCAGUUUCUCUUGUUCUCUCUCCCUCCCCCAAAUGUUACUACUUGAACUGCUCCGAUAUACCCCAUCAUAUUUUCCUUUCUUUUAUAGGAUGACAAUGCGGAGAAAGCUUUUCAAGCAUCUGGAAGACAGAGGAAUACAGGUAAAUUAACUUGGAGGAAUCAGGAUUUAUAGUCCCUCCUUAGCAGAAACUGCUGAAGGCUGAGCUAGAAGGCUUUAGCCCGGUAUUUAAGUAUUUUGCAAUAGGUGGCAAGGGGAAGAGGGAUAUUUGACUUCUUAAUGUCACUAUUAGCUAUAUUUACAUAUAGUGCUGACCCUUCACCCGAGAGGCACAGAGUCGUAUUAAUAGAGUAUUCUUGUGUGUUCAGGAAAAAGAGCUGCAUAGUUCAUGUUUAUAUGUGCAACAACCCUGGGAGGUAGAUAGCUGAGAGAGGUGUGCCCAGCACUUUCACCUACCUCCGCAAGUAUCAUGGCUUUCACUGUUUUAGGAUUUGAGAGUGUGCUUAUAAAUGGUUGUGUCCCUUUCCUAGGCAGCAAGGGGUGUCUAAAUAAGGUUUUCUAAAAUGGAUUGUAUCCUCCUCCUAAGCAAGCUAUGGUAUCUUAAAGACUGGACUUUGGCUGCAUUGCAUGCCAUCUAUUUAAAUCACAUUACACUCUCCCAAAGAAUCCUGGGAACUGUAGUUGGUUAGGACAUUAAUAGCUCUAUGGGGAUAAACUACAGUUCCUUCUUUUAGGGAAGUCAUGUCUUUUAAAUGCAUGCAUGGUGCAAAUAUGCAGUCUCUCUCUCUGUGUGUGGGUGGGUGGGUGGGUGUGGGUGUGGGUGUGGGUGUAUGUGUGUUUUGCUUUACUGCAACAGAUUAAUUCAGCCCUCCUCCUCCUCUGUAGUUGCAACUACAGUCUUGUGAAAGUACCGUAGCUCAUUAUUAAUACUCCCACAUUUCAGGUAGGGAGCUGAGAUGUAGAAACAGUAGCAUAUUUAAGACACAUGUUGCCAGAUUUGUGUCAUGCGUACUUGAAAGCUUAGUGGUGUUUAUGGCAUGCGACGGAAUGCCGCUUUAACAAGUUCAUAACCGAGACGAAAUCUCAAGCAGGAACUUCCUCCCUCAGAGCUCACACAACCCACUCUAUAUUGGUUCUCAGAUGCCUGUGGCAUUAGUGCAACCAUCUUGUGUUUUCCAAUCAGUAAAGUCAUCCUUAUGAUUUUUCCUUACCAGGAAGUUUUCUUCUUCUUCCCAAAAAGAGCAUCUUGCUGACUGCAAAGCAGUUGUUGUGGCUUUUCCUCCACCACCAACAUCCUGCUUGCAGGGAAAAUGUUGACUGAAUUAAUAGCUGCAUGAAUAAGUGAUCAGCUGGAACAACUAAGGGCUCCACACUCAAACCCGUCAUCUCUUCUUCUUUGUUUCCGUAUAGGUUCUUCUUUGGGUCUUGAAUGAGGAUAAGUAUUUUGAAGAAGCCUUUAGCUAUGGAGUCUCCGGAGUCAUGACCGAUUAUCCCACCCUCCUCCGGAAGUAUCUAGACGCUCACCCGCCCCUUUGCAGUGAAUGA